GGGAACUACAACUCCCAGCGCUGGCCGCACCGGGAUCCCGCGUUCGCCGCGCCCCCGCUUCCUCCUCCGCCUCCUGCGGGCCCGGGCGGGGACGGGGUUCGGGGCUCCGGGACCGCAGGACUGCUAGAAAGAAGCACAUAGUGUGUAGAAGCCAUACUGCAGGGAGCUGAGGAUCAGCUGGGAUUGAAUUAGUUGCAGCAUCGUGACUUUUCCAUCAUGUCAGAACCCAUCACGCUCAAUGUUGGAGGAAAACUUUACACCACCUCUCUGUCCACCUUGACUAGCUUUCCAGACUCCAUGCUGGGGGCCAUGUUCAGUGGGAAGAUGCCAACCAAGAAGGACAGCCAAGGCAACUGCUUUAUUGACAGAGAUGGCAAAAUCUUCCGCCAUAUCCUGAACUUCUUGAGAACUUCUCACUUGGACCUCCCCGAAGACUUUCAGGAAAUGGGCUUACUUCGACGGGAGGCAGAUUUUUAUCAAAUUCAGCCUCUGAUUGAGGCCCUUCAGGAGAAGGAGGUGGAGCUUUCUAAAGCAGAGAAGAAUGCCAUGCUCAACAUCAGUCUCGAUCAGAAGACCCAGACUGUCCACUUCACCGUUCGAGAAGCACCCCAGAUCUACAGCCUGUCUUCCUCCAACAUGGAAGUGUUCAACGCUCACAUCUUCUCCACUUCAUCUUUGUUCCUGAAGCUUCUCGGUUCCAAACUUUACUAUUGCUUCAAUGGAAACCUCUCUUCAAUAUCCAGCUGCCUGCAGGACCCCAACCAUUUGACCUUAGAUUGGGUUGCAAGUGUGGAACGUCUUCCCGAAGAAGAGUACACGAAGCAGAACUUAAAGAGACUCUGGGUGGUGCCAGAUAAUAAGCAAAUCAAUAGUUUCCAGGAAUUUGUGGAAGAAAUGCUAAAAAUAGCUCUGAGUGAUGGUUUCUGCAUAGAUUCUUCUCAUCCACAUACUUCAGAUUUCAUGAAUAAUAAGAUUAUUCGCCUAAUUCGAUACAAGUAGGAAUGGCUUUUUCUUAUGAUGGCAUCGUGGAGAUAACACAGGUUAAGUGUUUCCCUUUAAAACACACUUGCAGCCUAAUUCAGAAUCAUGCUUACCUGGAUUAAGAGUCACUAACAAGGAGAUGAUUUUCCUUUAAUGUAUUUACCAAUGCAGUCUCUCAGAAUAUGUCUAUAUUCUAAAUAGAAGGAAUAUUGUCUACCACCUGAAUUAAGGAUUGGUUCUGUCUCUGCUUCCACCUCUAACCUGCUGUACAACUGUGGGGAAAAUCACUUAUCUUCUUACUACAUUUUCCAGACGAAAAAUGGGAAUGAUCCUUAACCUGUAACGCACGGUUGAUGAGAAUGUUCAGUUAACAAGGUUUGGAGAGUGUCUGGAGAUCAGAUGUGGUGAAGGAAGCCACGGAGACACAAUGAGAUCAGAUGUACUGAAGGAAGCCACGGAGCCACAAUGAAGCAGAAGACAGUCCAGAGGAGCACAUUUUCCUUGUCUUUGCCACAUCACCUGGGCAGAGGACCCAAAAAGCUUAUCUGGAUUUGUGGAAAAGAAGCCUCUCCACAUGGACACAUUGAAUAUAGCUGCAAAGGAUGGUGCAAAUUGCCAAUGAGUAGAGGAUCCUGUCUGUUCUGUCGCCAUCUGAAGAUGACUUGGUUUUUUUCCUGAACCCUGUGAGGAAACCACUGCUGUGUUCUGCUUUCAGGGAAGCCAUGGUUGAAUGAUGUGACUGACUCUGGGAACAACCAAGAAAGCCGUAACAGAGAGAAAGAUGUUUUUACAAACUGAGAAGGUUGUGUCUGUUGGGGAACUUUGCUUUGGAUGCUCUUAAACCUUGACUUUUUCAUUCCAAAAGCAUCCAGGACAACUAUUCUUUUUCCUUUUCUUACAACGCUGUAUUUGUCUCGAGGAUGCUCCCGGAAACAUUCUCUGAGGUGAUGACAGCUUAAGAGGGAAGACGUCCCCAGAUAUCUUCUGUAUGGUUGGGUUUCUUCUGACUGGACAUGACUUUCUCUUGGGAAAUUUCCCUUCAGCGAUGUCUGGAGCUUAUGGGAGGGUCUUUAGGUAGGGUGGAUUCCAUCUGAAAGGACCACUUUUCCAUCAUUUUCUCUACUGCUUUUAAUGACAAAACAAGAGGCUCAGUUUUUCUACCCCUGUACACUGAGCCAUUUUUUUUACACCACUGUGAAAUGUCGGACCGCUAAGGCACCAUUUUACCUUCUUGCUUGGCUUUAGUGUCCAGUUGUCAGAGAGAAAAGGCAGUAGGAAAUCAGGGGUGAUGACAAUGGUCAAGCCCUUUCCCAAAAGCCUGAUCGUUGCUAUGAUGAAGAUCAUAAUCCCCUAGCUGCAUGUUAGCUCUAGAUACCAUUUUUGCCACAUUCAAGGUGGUUCAUUCUUCAGCUAAUUAUUUUUAAAAGUAUCUUAGCUGUCUUUCCCUAAUCAGAUCGCUACGUAUGCAUGAGAGACCCUCCAGAACAUUUCCCAUUCCCUCUAAUGAGAUAGAAGGGAAACUGCAAUAACCAACUUUAGUGUUUAUAAUGUUAUUGCUUCCAAAAUGUCUUAGCACAGAGCUGCAAAGCUCAAUAUUGCUCUUGUUCUUUUAUUUCCCAAAGCAGCUAGGCUGUUGUUACGUUAAGCUGAUCCAUGAGCAGCAAAACAACCUGUUUUAGAACAAUACUGUUCUAAAAAAAAACUGUGAGAUAAAUAUAUUCCCACUGUCCCAAGCUGUACUGCAUGAAUAACACAAAUCAGCAUGCUGAUGGUAAAAAUGCACAUUCUGUAGCUAUUGGCAGCCUGUUAUAAAUCUCUUUCCCUUUCUCCCUUGGUGUGAGACUCACCAGCAUGAUGGUGGAAGUGAGACCAUGUUGUUAGGCCAAAAAACCAUUAAGCCUAGCUACUUUCUGUGAAUUUUGAGGAUUACAAACAAGAUGUUGUGGCCAAAUUUCAACUUAAGAAUCCAUAUUUUUCUGCCUUUAUUUGCAUUAGGAAGAAUUUUCUUUUCCCUGUUUCUGCCCUGAAUUACGAAGCAGGAGUAACAUAUUCCAGGAGAUGCAGCAUGCCAUUGACAAAGCAAAGCAACAGCAAUGUGAAUCCUAUUUCUGCUGUGAGAUUGCCAGACCAUUGGACAUUCAUAGUUAUGAUCUAUGCAGGUUUUACUAUUAUGAUCUGUAAAAUACCAUAUGUGAACUCUCUGUCAUCAAAUCUAUGCCUUCAAACAGAUACACCUUUGCUGAACUUAAGAUAGAAGCUUUGGGGGGAUGUCAGUGGUACUAUUUUUUUUAACUCAAGCCUUUGAGAUUAUAUUUUAAAUGAUUUGUAACAGCAGUUCUUGAAUGUCAGGACUAAAUGAAUAAUUAUCUGUAAUAAUUAGUUUGCUCUUAGCUUGAGUUUAUCCAGAGAAGUGGGCUUAAAGGGGGGGAAGUCUGUUCUGGAAUGCUUGAACCCAUCGGUUUAUUAUGCAAAUAAUGGACCACUUGAAUCCACAUUUGUCUGUGAUCAGUUCACUAAAGUAGGCAAAAGUUUUGUUGACCACAAAUCUCUGUCAUUUAUUAAUAUGCAGAGAGAUGCAAAAUUUCCAACCAGUGUAAAGACACCUGUGAAAACAGGCCUUGGGAGGAAUAGAAAAGCUUCAAAUACUUCGAAAUUGUUGAGCAGAAUAAACGUCUUUGAGAAUGAGGUACUAUGUAUAGUACCACAGCAGUUCUGCGUGCUACCAAGUAUGUGAAAUAAGUGAUAAGUGAAUCAGCUGGGAUUGCCAUCAAACACGUUAUAUAAAUACAGCUGCUAUUUCAAACAACACACCACGCUAAAUUUAUAGCUGUCCCCUAAUUUUGCACUCUGUGAGUUAUGUUGUAAUGACUGUUUAUAGGAAUGUUCUCUCUCCAAAGCAUUGGUUUGCCUGUUAUCUAGAUAGCAAGCUUUCGUUUACCUUCUGUUUUGGAGCCCUGGAGGUAACUUGCUUUUCUGACACCAAUCAACAGCACUGAUGAUUCUUGUUCUCAAGUUGUCCUGAGUUAAAGAAAAGUGAACACGCGCAAAACUCUACCAUGUGCUUAGGGUACAGCACAACCCCAUCGCCAGUCACAAAAAGCACUUGAAAUGCAUGAGCAGUAACAACUACAAAUUGUUUCACUGCUGGAGUGGAAUACUUUCUUGUGGAACAGGCUUCUUAUUUUUUCCUGUAAGGGCCUUAAAACAAGGAAAGAAUCUAGCGAGCUUUUUUUCCCUUCUGGAUCGAAGGAAGUUUUUUUCCGCAUCCCAGAGCCUAUCCCCUGUUCGGAUUCUGCUAUCAGCCUGUCUCCCUCAACACCUCCAUCUACAAAAUGAGGCUGGCCUGCACUUUAUUUUUUUUUUUAAUGGCCUAAAUGCUGGUAGAACCACUGGAUAGAGAGAUCAAUCCUGUUUAGAGCAGAAAAACACCAGAGUUAGGGCAGAUGAUAAAUAAGUUAUUAGCUUGAGUGUAAUGACAUUUUCAGACAUGGGCAUGUGCAUGGCACAGUGGGAUUUCUUAGAUGACAGAAAGAAUAUUCAGAAGCAUCUUAGUGGAAUCCAAACAGAAUCACUCAUGGGUUUCUCUUACGUUUUUUGGCUUGAUAUCUCUUAAUUGUCUAGUAAUAUCCAAUAAUAAUGAAGAGAAUGAAACCAUGCCUAAACACUAAAAUGUCCGAUGAAUGCUGCUGUUGUUAAGAAUCAUUAGGAGACCGUUCCUACAGGUGAUGGUAGGGAAAUAAAAUAAAUUGGUGUAAAAAGUAAGAGUUGGAAGAAUUCUUAAGUUAACAAGAAAUCCAGGAUUUAGAAGGGAGAGCAUAGAGACUCUAGAUGUGAGAUCAGUUCAGGAUAACAAAAAAAGAUAAGGAAAGUACAAAUGGAGACAAAGAUUUUGUUAUGGAGCAAGACUGCAAUUAGAAUGACUCAUUGGUCCUCUUCAGUUUCAAUCUUCUAUUAUGCAACUAAAAUAUUGGCCACGCCAAGAGUAAUGCUACUAUCCUGUCAGAAGUAGACAGCUUUGCUAAAUUUGCAUGUGCUUUCAGUCACCAAACAUAUGCACUGCUGUAGUUGCCCAUAUUUUAACUUGGUUGCUGAAUAUAAAUUUCAGCUUGAGUUCACUGUCAGUAAAUAUCAAUCAGACUGAUUCCCAUUCUAGAAAAGGAAAAGCUGGUGGGGUCUGUAUGUAAUGUUCAAGAGAGUAAUAAAUAUUGCCUUCAGCCCAUGCCAUGAACCAUGUAAAGUAAAUCUAGGACCUUCUGACACUUCACAGAUAAAUGGAGAAGUUAUGAAGACUACUUUUUGUGGGAGCUUCAUUUUUACCCUGUACCUUUGAACUUGGCAUCACUGCUCAGAAUUGCAGUGUUUUUGGAAAUAUUUAACUGUCCUGGUUGGUGAGCCAUUCUGUAAUGGUUCCCUUAUCCACAAACUGCCAGCCACAAACAUGCAGGCAACACGCACUGCGAGUAUGUGGCCCUCCCAUUAAAAGACUCAUAUGUGAAUUAGUACCUGAGGUCAUGCAGGCAUUCUGUGCGAGAAGGGCUGGAUCGAGCAUAAAUGUGCAGAUCAUGCUCUCAGAUUCACUCAGGACAAUAGGAGGGACGGUUUUCCUAUGGAUUCAGAAAAAAAGGGGGGGGAAGGAGCUAUAAGGUUACAUGGAAUGAAUAAUUCCUUUUCUUUUCCUCCUCUUGCCAUUCUCCCACCUCUGAUUUUCUUAUUCCUCCUCCUAGCUGUAGGAUUUUUCUCUUGAAGAGAACAGUUCUUGAUUCACUAAAAAGCCAUACUUUUGCAUGAAUGUUUUUUGGAAGGUGUCAAAAUGGGUUUUGUUUCUUACCACUCUCACAGACAACCUAUGGGAUAUCACAUUUAAAAAUCUGGUUGCAUUUCUCUGCCUGUAACUCUUCUGUGAACUGUUACUAAUAUGUGUUUUAGAAGACAAUAAAUAAAAUGUGAAUGAAGCAGUA